CGCCUUUCUCCCCAUCAUUACGAAUCUGAGGAUUCCUCAGAUGCGUGUGUUUGUUUUUCUUCAAACCCUUCUCGAGCCCUAGCAAACGCCCACCUUCUCGCCGCCACCGCCUUGCAGAGCCCUCGCGCAUGCCCACCACUUCCCGCAUGCCCACCUCUUCCCUACUGUCUUAGCGGUCACCCCCGCUGGUCUCCGUCGUCGCCUUCCUCCCCUGAUUACGGCGUCGGCCAUCCUCUCUCCAAUCUUCCUCGAGUGCGUUCUUUCCCACAAAUCUCUUUAACGCUGAUCUCCUCUCUGCUCUCCUCGCAGGUCAGGCUGGUUUGGGAUCAGCUUCGCUUUCCUUUCCGCAACUGCUCUGCUCAGGUCAGGCUGGUUUGGGAUCAGCUUCGCUUUCCUUUCCGCAACUGCUCUGCUCAGGUCAGGCUGGUUUGGGAUCAGCUUCGCUUUCCUUUCCGCAACUGCUCAGGUCAGGCUGGUUUGGGAUCAGCUUCGCUUUCCUUUCCACGGUUCGGUCUUUGCGGAUUCAUCUUGCGGUCUUUCCACCAAGAACACCAAAUUAGCAAUUUGUCUUUCCACCAAGAACACCAAAUUAGCAAUUUGAAGAACAUAUGCAUCUUACUCUCGAGUUCGGUGGUGGCCUUGAGCUUCUUUGCAACUCUGUAAAGAUCCAUCACGUCGAUGUCGACCUUAAGACCGGAGAAGAUAAGUUAUCAAUGAGGGACCUACUGACUUGGAUUAAGACCAAUUUGAUCAAGGAAAGGCCGGAGAUGUUCGUGAAAGGAGAUUCUGUCAGGAGACCGGGCGUUUUAGUGCUUAUAAAUGACUGUGACUGGGAACUGUGCGGUAGUCUCGAUGCGGUGGUGGAAGAGAAGGAUAUGGUAAUAUUUAUAUCUACCCUGCAUGGUGGUUAGUAUCUGUUUGAAGAGUGAUGUCUAUUAGUAAUGCUCAUGUUAGCCUGAGCUAUGAUGAGGUUGGAAGCUUUUCACAGCACUAUUGUACUGGAUCUAACUAUUUAAUAGAGUUACAAAUUUGAGAUCAUGGUGUCUGUUUGUGGUAACAAUACUACUUUUCCAUCAUAACUUCUUGUAUUCA